UAGACACAAAUCUGUGUGUGACUUGGCACAGAUUUCUGCGCGACGCGUUCACGUUUCGAUAUAUUUCUGUAAUUGGGCGGCAAAGUUAUGGAUAAAAUCAUAGAAAUGGUGCGUAACGAGCCAUGUUUAUAUGACACAAAUCAUACUAACUACAAUAAUAAAACAUUGAAAGAGAUGUUAUGGGCAAGAAUUGCCAAGGACCUAAAAUACAAAGACGGAGCAGCAGCAAAAGAUUCGUGGCAAAAACUACGUAAUUGUCACCGUGAUGCAAUUAGAAGGCGAAAAAAAUUAUACAAAAGCGGUAUCGUUUGUAAUAAAACGUGGAAAUUUGAAAAACAAAUGGAGUUUCUGGUGCCCCACAUGACAAACCGACCGUCGACUGGCACCCCGUCUGAAAAUCUAAGCCAAACUGACAUUAAAUCAGAAGACAUAGCUAACUAUCACGAUGACUUUGAAGAAGACAAUAACGACCCAUUAGUCGAUGUUUCGCAAUUUGUGCCUUUUCCUAGACCAACAUUGAUCACUAAAACUGUCAAUAAUCACGAAAUAAGACCUACUGUUGGUGACGAAGAUGAUCUUCGCCAUUUUUUCAACACAAUGUAUACUAUAACAAAGAAAAUGCCCGCUCUGACUCAACAUAAAUUAAAAAGAAAAAUAUUUAACAUUAUCUCUGAUGAGGAAGAAUACUUACUGCAAGCUAGAUCAAUGGCUGAUAACAGUGAUAGUAAGUAGGAUGUCAUUACAUCAGGCAGUAAGCUGAAUGUCGCCCCGUGACUAAAAGGGGUAUAUGGAAUGCGUCAAUUGUGUAAUGAUUGCAAAUUUCGAGGAGCCAAUAACGAGAAAAAUAUAAAUUUCUAUUAAUCCACCGAAGUGAUUUGGAAUGUAAAGAUGCAAGUCGCAAUUCCCUCUGCUCAUAAUGCGACGAGGAAUUGCGUAAUUGAUAUCAAUAAAGAAAUAAUUACUACCUCUUACUGGUGGUAGGUCACUUAUAUGUGAGAGUCCGCUUGGGGUAGUUGCGGAGUUAGUGGUCUACCUUUGAUGGAAUCUCUUCGAUUUUCAUGAAUGCUCUGAAAAAGCAGAUUGUUAAGUUGAUGAAUCAUUUUAAGUAACGGAGUGAAGAUAAUUAUUUAUAGAAUUGCACUAGUCAAAAGUCAAAAUUAAUAUAAAAGUAAUCAUUUUGCUGUUGCAUUACGAGUAACUAGCCGUACGAAUUGCCACAGCAAUUUUCCGUAGUCCUAACAUACCUCUGCUUCACACGAAUAAGUGUCAAAUUGCUUUGCAAUUCAUUUUAAAAUGUUACUACGAUUUUCCUAUAUCCCUAACUUCAUUCCUAAGUUACCAUUAAAUCUCUCAGUUGUUAGUUUGCCAUCUCAAUACUAAUACUAACCGAAGUAGAGUCGUGUUCGUCGUCUGUAUACUCGUCUUCGUCGUCGGCCUCAUGAUCUUCGACAUCAGUUUCUUCAUCGUUCUCUAAUGUUUCGUCUUUUUCCUCCAACGGCUCCCAAACCCGCUCUUUGUCUAAUAUAUCUGUAAAUCAAGAGUAAUUAGGGUAAUUAUAAUCUUUAUUGUCCUUUUUUUUGUUCAGAUUUCUAAGUUCUUUUAAUUAUGAAAUCAUUUUGGGAGAUUCAUAGAUAACAAAAUUAAUACAGCAUGAGUUUUUCAGUCUAGUUACAUAAAAGUUAUCCAUUUUUCGUAUGAUUAUAUCUAUCGUCCCAAAACUAUUAUUGAUCCAUAAAAUGAAUUUUGCAUGUAGCAUAAAAAUGGGCACAAAAAUCAACUUUACAUCAGUCCGCAUUCCAACUUACAUUUCUAGAUUUUAUAUUUAGCUAAAUUUCCCUUGUUAAUUUAUGUUAAUUAACUAAUUUGUUAAUAAAUUACUUUAUAUUUAAAUUACCUCUGAAUCUCAACGAGCCUUUUCUGACAACAGGUCUUUCCUCAUUCGCCAUUUCUACUAUAACAACUGGCAUGGCAUCACUAGUGGCUCCGUUACUUUUUUUAUCGUUAUCUUUAUUUGCAUCAUCGUCUUCCUUACUAAGCUGUGUAUUAAGAUCGAAUAUUUUAAAAUUAUAAUAUUGAUGUUAAUUAACUUAUUUUAAAACAUUUAUGUUUGUUUAUGGCUUGUUAUAAAUGACUGUGGAUUUAAAAUUUGGAUUUUUUGGACAAUGUGGUAUUUGUAAUACUUUACCUGCAAGAAAGAUAUGCUAGGUUCCUGUAAUUUCGAAGCGAUUUCUUUACUUCUCAUUAUUUUUUCGUCUGUCUCCUUUUCCAAAUUUAAUUUGUAAGCUUUAUGUGUUCGCCACAUCUGGAGCAUAAUAAUAUUAAAUUAUACUUUUAUUCAUAACCAUUCCAACCAUAUUCAGUAAAUAAAAAAGGAAAACAUAGCUGCUUUUUGCAGUGGAUUUAAAAAUAUUUCUUUGAAUAUUUGUAAUUGUUAGUUAAUUUCAUUUACAGCAAUAGUUCCAGAACUUUUUAAACAUUAUUUAAUUUUCUCGAUGUAUAUUUGUCGGACAAUAAACGAUAUUAUACAUAUUAUUACAAACUAUAGUAAAUAAAAAAGGUGUGCAAUAUACUUAGCAUCGAUAUUUUUUACGUACAUGAUAUCCACAAUAGCAGAGACCAAGCAGGAAUAUCACAAUGAGAGCGAUGAAUAUUUUGUCUGUAUUCUCCUCCUCGGCAUCAGGUUGCUGGUGCAGGGAGUCGUAUGGGAUUCUCGAUGGUGGGUCCUCUACCCAAGUUUUGUCAACACUCUGAAAUAAAAAAUGAUAAGUAAUUAACUCAAGUCGUUGGCUUAAAUCGAAGGAAAAUUGUGAUAAGAUGAUGUGCUGAAUAUUUUAUUAAUGAAGAUUGGAAUUUAGAAGAAAAGAUUUCUAAAGGAUUUAAAAGAUAGGGACUUUCGUUUUGGAGUGUCUGUAAAUGUAUCACGAUUUGAAGCUCCUUAAUGGCGAAAUAAAAAAUUCUAUUCUAAUAGUAUUGUAUUGAUUGAAGUAAUGCAAUAAUAUAGACUGAGAACUAUCUCUAGAAUCUAUUCACCCCUUAUACCGUACGGUAGAACGUUAAAGAUAAAUAUUUUAAUUUUUAAUAUUGAUACGAAAAUCAGUCGUAUAUGACUCCAUCCACCUUAUUUCGAUAGAUGAAAACGUGAGAAAUCUAUAUUGAGGGUAAGAUUUUAUCGUCAUUGAAAGUUGAAUGAAAAUGAUAUAUUAAGGGCCGUUGAAGUAUUAUGCAAGCACUUAAGGGCGUGGAGGGGUCUACGGAUUGGUUAUUUUCGAUGACUUGGGGACUUACACCAGCAAAAUUAUUUAAUAAUUUUGUUGAUAAAUAAAUAAAAUAAAAAUAAUUUAACAGAUUUUGUAAACAUUACACCUACCUCUACUUACGUUAGCACGGGAGACAGGGUAAGAGCUUUGCUUACAAGAGAUAUGGGGGGGGGGGAGAUGUCAAAAUACUAAAAUUUUGCUUACAUAAUACUUGCACGGCUCUAUAUUAGUAACUUACGAUAAGAAAGCUUCCAUUGUGGGUAGCGCCAAGCUCAUGUUCAGGCCAAGCUUCGUCGAAGUCCGCUGAACAUUGAGCACUCCUCACUCCUUGUGCGUUGACGGCGUUCACUUUCUCAGCAUCGGAGCGAGUGAACAUCAUGUAUUCUUCUAAUGGUUUCAUUAUAUACUCAUUUAUUUCCACGAAAAUAUCUGGAAGAUGAUUUGUAUUAUUUAGAUUUAAAUAAACUAAUAUUUCGUAUAGAAUGAAAAAGAAUAUCUAUUUGAAUUAUGGUGUCCAAUUAGAAGUUAGUUUACUAUUAUUACGAUAGGAUUUUAGUAAAUAAUGUUUCACAGACAUAUUUUACUGAUUUUCAUAAGUCUGAUAGUGGAGUUAAAGUGCUGGAUUUGAUGAAUGAAUAUUGAUAUCUUAGACUAAAGAAGAACGACCGAUUAUAGCUGUGAUAACCCUUUUUAGGAAAAAUACUAAAAUAGACUAAUCUAGAUUAUAAGUAAGCAUUAUAGUAACUAAUAUCUUGUAAACGAAUGCUCGUAUAAAAAUACUUACUUGAUAGACAUCCGUUGUACCCUUUAUAAAUUUUCAAUCUAGGGUCCGUAGUGUUCAGACCUCCGAUUUGCACUUCAUUGGAUCCUAUAUCGAAGACCUCCCACAGACCUUGGGGUGGUAAUUUCUCCAGCGGUAUUUCUAUCCUGUCAAUCAGCAGUUUUGCUUCUUGACCUAUCCUUGUGUAGUAUACAGUGUGACGAGCGCCUGUGAAGAUUUUUAUAUGCAUAAGUUUGUAGAUUAUAAUUGUCAUUAGUCAUUACUAAUUGUUAUUUGUUUAAGUUUAACAAAAUAAAGUAUGUGUUUAUUUGA